AUGGCCCCGUCUCAAACUCAUGAUUCGACUUUACAGCUAUCCGAAAAACCACGUGAUCUAUCCAUCGUCAUCCCUCUUCCUGAACGAGUUCCAAUAAGGCACGAGACACACACCGAGCAGCUGGCACACGACGUAUCGGAAUUGUCUUUAUCUCCUUUCUCAGUCAUUUUGACUAAUGAAAACUUUGCCGAAAUAGCCACCUGGAUUGAUC